GUUGCAGACACCGCCUCUCAGGUUCCCUCGCCCGCCCCUUCCGACUUCUACCCAAUCCGAAGGUGGUCACACAGAAAACAAAGGCUGCCAUUGGGCCACCUAGAACUCGAGAGCCCGCCCCCAGAGUGGUUUGUGAAUGGGGGGGAGCGGAGGGGGCGGGGCAGCCCGGAACACUGCAAGCUCGACGCUUCUUCUGGUGAGUUGCGAGGCUUCGAGGCGUUACUCUGCACUCCCUCCCGGCGGGCGGCGGCGGCGGUGGGCGCCUGGACUCACCGGCCAGGGCUGUGCGGAGCUGUAGAGGCCAGGCCCAGGCCGCUUGCACGGGGGCCUCACAGCUUCGGACACAGUGUAACUGGAUUUCCAAAGAGAACUCGCUGAGCUCUUGGCUUCAAGGCGCCUAUUGGACUCUGAGCGAGAAUCAGCCGUUUGGCUGAAACUUGGGGCCGAGCUUUUGGAGCUGAAGAAGGAGCAGGGAGUGAAGGAGGCGGCGGCGAGCAGAGCCUCGAGGCGAGGAGGCGGAGCAGCACCACCGAGGCGGCGGCCUCGACUAGCAGGCGGCGGCGCCCGGCUCUCGCCUGCCGGGGGCUGGACUUGGUGUGGGGGACGCGCGCGUUACUGUGCGCUGUUAAGUCGAGAGACUUGGGCAAACUUCGAAGGGUAACCGGAGACGCUUGUUGCUCCCCGCUGCAAAAAAAGCCGCACCGUUACGUCGCGGCAGGAGAAGGCGGCGCCCCCGGCCCAAGCAGACGAAUUUGGGCCCCCCGCUGCCUCGCGACUGCUGGGCGGAGGCGGCUGCGGCGCCCCCGCGGCGCGGGCACCCCAGUUUCUGAGCCCUCGGCUCCGCGCCGCCCACGGCCCGGCCCCGGCGCCGGGAGGACUCUAAUGCGCCGGGCGCGGUGGCGCCUCCCGGGAUCCAAGCCUCUCCGGGCUGCCUCGUCGCGCUCCUCCGGCUGAGAGCGCUGCUGCACCCGCGGCCGGCGAUGCGGGGCCCUGGCGCGGCCGCGUCGCGCUCACCGGUGGGCCUAUGCACCCUAGUGCUUUUGGUGCUGGGCGCGCUGCCCGCGGGCGCCCGGGCGCAACCGUACCACGGCGAGAAGGGCAUCUCGGUGCCAGACCACGGCUUCUGCCAGCUCAUCUCCAUCCCGCUGUGCACGGACAUCGCCUACAACCAGACCAUCCUGCCCAACCUGCUGGGCCACACCAACCAAGAGGACGCGGGCCUCGAGGUGCACCAGUUCUACCCACUGGUGAAGGUGCAAUGUUCUCCCGAGCUGCGCUUUUUCCUGUGCUCCAUGUACGCACCCGUGUGCACUGUGCUGGAUAAGGCCAUCCCUCCGUGCCGCUCUCUCUGCGAGCGUGCCCGCCAGGGCUGCGAAGCGCUUAUGAACAAAUUCGGCUUCCAGUGGCCGGAGCGGCUGCGUUGCGAGAACUUCCCGGUGCACGGCGCCGGCGAGAUCUGCGUGGGCCAGAACACGUCGGACGGAUCCGGGGGCCCGGGCGGCGGCCCUACCGCCUACCCCACCGCAGCCUACAUGCCCGACCUGCCUUUCACCGCGCCGCCCCCGGGGGCUGCUGAUGGCAGGGGCCGUUCCGCGUUUCCCUUCUCGUGCCCCCGCCAGCUCAAGGUGCCCCCCUACCUGGGCUACCGCUUCCUGGGCGAGCGCGACUGCGGUGCCCCGUGCGAGCCGGGCCGCGCCAACGGCCUCAUGUACUUUAAGGAGGAGGAGAGGCGUUUUGCUCGACUCUGGGUAGGUGUGUGGUCAGUGCUGUGCUGCGCCUCCACCCUCUUCACGGUUCUCACCUAUCUAGUGGACAUGCGGCGCUUCAGCUACCCCGAGCGGCCCAUCAUCUUCUUGUCGGGCUGCUACUUCAUGGUGGCCGUGGCGCACGUGGCCGGUUUCCUGCUGGAGGACCGUGCAGUGUGCGUGGAGCGCUUCUCAGACGAUGGCUACCGCACGGUGGCGCAGGGCACCAAAAAGGAGGGCUGCACCAUCCUCUUCAUGGUGCUCUACUUCUUCGGUAUGGCCAGUUCCAUCUGGUGGGUCAUCCUGUCGCUCACUUGGUUCUUGGCGGCUGGCAUGAAGUGGGGCCACGAGGCCAUCGAGGCCAACUCUCAGUACUUCCACCUGGCCGCGUGGGCGGUGCCCGCCGUCAAGACCAUCACCAUUCUGGCCAUGGGCCAGGUGGACGGGGACCUGCUCAGCGGGGUGUGCUACGUGGGCCUGUCCAGCGUGGACGCGCUGCGGGGCUUUGUGCUGGCGCCCCUAUUUGUCUACCUCUUCAUCGGCACGUCCUUCCUGCUGGCUGGCUUCGUGUCGCUCUUCCGCAUCCGCACCAUCAUGAAGCACGACGGCACCAAGACCGAGAAGCUGGAGAAGCUCAUGGUUCGCAUCGGCGUCUUCAGCGUGCUCUACACCGUGCCGGCCACCAUUGUCCUAGCCUGUUACUUCUACGAGCAGGCCUUCCGCGAACACUGGGAGCGCACCUGGCUCCUACAGACUUGCAAGAGCUACGCGGUACCCUGCCCGCCCGGCCACUUCCCGCCCAUGAGUCCCGACUUCACCGUCUUCAUGAUCAAGUACCUGAUGACCAUGAUCGUGGGCAUCACCACUGGCUUCUGGAUCUGGUCCGGCAAGACCCUGCAGUCGUGGCGCCGCUUCUACCACAGACUCAGCCACAGCAGUAAGGGGGAGACUGCGGUAUGAGCCCUGGUCCUCUCUCACUCUCCCUCCCCCCCCCCACUCCUAGUAGGGAGAAAGGCAAGGUAGGGAAAGAACUUUUGAGUGAGGAGGUUUGUUUCUGUAACCUCCUCCCCCUCCAAUGAGAAGUGACCUGGAAGUGAAAACAUAUAUGUAGAUGUGGGACGAGGGGUUGGUUUGGAAAGGAGGCCUGGGUGGAAAGACGGUUUGGAUGAAAAGACUUGGCAAAUCAAAGACUCGCAGAAUAAUAAUGAUGAUGAUAAAAAUGACGUUAAUCUUGUACGGUACCGAUUGACCUGGGCUCAUGGAGAAGACUGAGACCAGCAGAGAUUUCUGUGAGUUCUUCCUGGCUCCGGCUGAACUGGGUGGGACUGGGAGCGAUUCCCCUGCUGCAAGACAAGUGGACUGUCCUCACUCCUGUGAGGCUCGGGUGAAAGGUACAGCUCUGUCUGCGGCGGCCGCUUUGUUGGAAAAAGGGAGGACUCCCUGCGGUGUCCUUGUCAAGCGGUGGUCAAACCAUAAUCUCUUUUCACUGGGGCCAAACUGGAGCCCAGAUGGGUUAAUUUCCAGGGUCAGACAUUACACUCUCUCCUCCCCAACCCCCUCCCGCCGGUUUUUCUUCCCCUACUCCUUUCAAGUCUUGUAAAAUAAGCAUUUGGAAGACUUGGGAGGCCUGCCUCCUAGAAUCCUAAAAGUAAGGGUGCAAAAGAAAUGAAGAUAGCGUUUGGAGAUGAUGCAAAGGAGUUGAGCAGUAGGUAUUUCGGCUACUUUUUGUAUUUUCUGGACAAAGCAUGAGAAAGAAAGAAGGGUGUUUUAUUCGGUUUAAUACCCUGAAAAGAAGUGAUGACUUGUUGCUUUUCAAAACAGGAAUGCAUUUUUCCCCUUGUCUUUGUUGUAAGAGACAAAAGAGGAAACAAAAGUGUCUCUCUGUGGAAAGGCAUAACUGUGAAGACAGCAACUUCUGUUGGCAAAGUAGCACAAAUCUAAGGUUUCCCUUUGGAUAUUUGGUUGAGGUAAACAUUCCUUUUUAAGGAAAAGUGAAAGGCAGUGGGCUUCCAAACCCUGGUUGGUCAGAGGUUCUGACUUGGCUAAAGGAAAUGCAAGGGGUUUUGUUGUGCUGUUUUACAUAAAUUCAAUUCAGAACACAUGAUCCAAUGGGCUCUGUUAAGAUGUUCAGGGAAAUCUCUCCCUUCAUUUUUUUUCCUUCCUGUAAACCUGCAUUCAGGUUUUCUUUGUAUUGUUUUCCUCCAAUUUGAAUCCUUCAAAAUAAAAGGAAGAGCAUAAUGCCUUCAGCUUCCAUAAUACAGGAAAGUUAAAGAACCACUUUGUCCUGCUUUCUUAGUUCCAUAAAUCCAUUUAUAAAACAUCAUGUGUAUGCUGACCCUGUCAUUGUGUCAGUGGGUGGGGAGGUGACCUGUAGAAAUGAUUGUGAAUGAAGAGGACAGUUAAAACCAUAGCCGCCCCCCUCCUUGUAAGGAAAGUCAUUAAAAGGAGGUGAACUUCAAAGUAAUUUUGGAGUUCUUUGAAAUGUGCUGGAUGACUUAAAUUUAUUAAUCUUAAAUCAUGUACUUUUUUUUUCUAAAAUAGAACUCUGAUUCUUUUGCAUAAUAGUCUAAAGCUGAGCAGAGAAUCAUGGGAGCUAACCUUUCCUCCACCUUUGACACCACCCUCCAAACUUGCACCACUGUCCUAUUUCUCAAAACAGUUUUUAAAUGCUGUUUGAAACAGUUUUUAAAUUAUAGAGGGUACUGUCAGGAGUACAAGUUACUUUAUGUAUGUAAUGUUCAGUUGAGUGGAGCUGCUUUUUAUAUUAAGGUUAACACUGACCUUGUGUUUCUUAAACCUCCAAAACUGUCUCAUUUGUCAAAUUUUAAGAACUCCCACCACACAGUUUUUUUGGCAUCUUUUGUGUUGUAUCUCUUGCAUGUGAAAUUUGUAAAAUAGAGACAAGUGCAGUAUGUAUAUUUUGUAAAUCUCCCAUUUUUGUAAGAAAAUAUAUAUUGUAUUUAUACAUUUUUACUUUGGAUUUUUGUUUUGUUUUGCCUUUAAAAGUCUACAAGGAAGCCCCACUUUAUCACAUGUACAGAUCACAAAUAAAUUUUUU